AUGGAUCGGAGAACACCUUACUCCCUGAGUGUGCUGCAGCCACAAGCGGACGGACCUGAGGAAGCCAGGAGCAACAUCCAGGCCCAACUGCGAGAAUUCGUUCUUGCUUUCCAGAUUGAUAGCACUUUCGUCUACCGAGAUCAAAUUCGACAGAACGUCCUCAUCAACAAAUUUUUAUGCGAUGUUGAUGUCGCACACUUGAUAGCAUACAACGAAGAGCUCGCUCAUCGACUCACAACCAACCCACAAGAUACAAUUCCUUUAUUUGAAGCCGCCUUAAAACAAUGCACACAGAAAAUCGUGUACCCAUCCCAGAGAGAUAUCGAAUUACCUGAACAUCAGCUCCUCCUUCACUCGAGCGUAUCGCUAAUUUCCAUACGAGACCUCAAUGCUUCUAACGUCUCAAGCCUCGUUCGCAUACCAGGUAUCGUUAUUGGCGCUUCGACGAUUUCAUCCAAGGCCACCAAGGUCCAUAUUCAAUGUCGACACUGUCAGGAACCAGACAAUAUUAUCGUAGAUGGAGGAUUCUCAGGUCUCACUUUGCCGCGGACAUGCAAGCGAGUGAGACAACCUAACGAAGACAUGUGUCCCAUGGACCCUUAUUUUAUUGUACACGAAAAGUGUCAGUUUGUCGAUCAACAAAUUAUAAAACUCCAAGAAGCCCCCGACCAGGUCCCGGUUGGAGAGCUGCCACGACACAUCUUGAUUUCCGCCGACAGAUAUCUUGCCAAUCGCGUGGUUCCUGGUACACGGUGCACUAUUAUGGGAGUGUUCUCCAUCUACCAAGCUAAGGGAGGGAAAAAGUCGAACGACUCAGCUCCUGCUAUACGAAAUCCAUAUCUUCGAGCGGUUGGAAUCACAAGCGAUGUCGACCAGACCGCCAAGGGAACGGGAGUAUUUACUGAAGAGGAGGAACAAGAGUUUCUUGAGAUGAGCAGACGGCCUGAUUUAUAUGAAGUAUUUACGGAUUGCAUUGCGCCGUCGAUCUAUGGUAACCGCGAUAUAAAGAAGGCAAUUGCAUGUCUACUUAUGGGCGGUUCAAAAAAGAUAUUGCCCGACGGCAUGCGACUACGUGGUGAUAUCAAUGUUCUCCUCCUUGGUGACCCGGGUACCGCCAAGUCGCAGCUCCUGAAGUUCGUUGAGAGAGUAUCACCUAUUGCCAUUUACACAUCUGGCAAAGGAUCCUCUGCGGCUGGUCUUACUGCCUCUGUGCAGCGUGAUGCGACCACCCGUGAGUUCUAUCUAGAAGGAGGUGCGAUGGUCCUUGCAGAUGGAGGAGUUGUCUGCAUUGACGAGUUUGACAAGAUGAGGGACGAGGAUCGAGUUGCCAUCCACGAAGCCAUGGAACAGCAGACAAUAUCCAUCGCCAAGGCGGGAAUCACGACCAUCCUCAACGCCAGAACGUCCGUCUUGGCUGCUGCCAAUCCGGUGUUUGGGCGAUACGAUGACAUGAAGACGGCGGGAGAGAACAUUGACUUCCAGACCACAAUUCUUUCUCGAUUUGACAUGAUCUUCAUCGUGCGUGAUGCGCAUGAGAGAGGCCGGGACCAGAAGAUGGCCCGGCAUAUAAUAAGCCUCCAUCAGGGCGGAAGGGGGAUCGAGGAGCAGACCGAGGCUGAGAUACCUCUUGACAAGAUGAAGAGGUAUAUCAGCUACUGCAAAUCACGUUGCGCACCAAGGCUUUCUCCAGAAGCCUCAGAGAAACUCUCGUCUCACUUCGUUUCAAUCCGUAAGAGGGUGCAUCAGGCCGAACUCGACGCUAAUGCAAGGUCGUCCAUACCAAUCACGGUACGUCAGCUCGAAGCCGUGAUACGUAUCACCGAGUCUCUGGCAAAGUUGUCGCUCUCCCCAAUCGCAACGGAAGAGCAUGUCGACGAAGCCGUGAGACUGUUCCUUGCAUCGACCAUGGACGCGGCUGUGCACGGCGACGGCCAGGCGAGCAAGGAACUGUCGGCAGAGGUGAGCAAGAUCGAGGACGAGCUAAAACGGCGAUUGCCCAUUGGAUGGACUACAAGCCUGGCCACCCUGCGGCGUGAAUUCGUGGAUGGUCGAAAUUACAACGAGCAGGCAUUAAAUCGUGCCUUAUUGGUGCUACAGCGGAGAGAAAGUAUACAGUUCAGAGCCGGGGGUGGUCAGAUCUAUAGGAACGGACCAUGA